AUGGAAACGAUUAAUACUAAACAAGACGAUAAAGAUAAUAGUCAAGAUGGAGCAUUGGUAUUAUGGAAAUAUAAUAAUCCAUUCUCAAAUUAUAAGCGGGAUCCCGAAAGAAUUUUUGCUUUUAAUGGGUUUACUCUCAAGAUAUCUCAAAGAUUAUCUGAUCCAAUUGAUAUUACGCAAAAUACUGGGAAUAUAGUUUGGGAUGGGGCGUAUAUAUUAAGUAAAUAUAUAGUAGACCAUCUAAAUCUUGAUUAUUUAGCCGACACUAACCGUCGAAGAAAAAUCAGAUUUAUAGAACUAGGAUCAGGAUGUGGUCUUGUUGGAUUAGUUGCUUGGCUCACUGGUAUCAUGUCUUCUCUUUGUACACUCAAUGAUAUCGAGCACACAAAAUUCAAUAUUAAACAGAAUGUUGAAUAUGUUAUGAGCCAGCAACAAAAUCAAUUUGAGUACGACAGAGGUAAAGGUGGUUUAGAUUUAUUAGAUAAAAAUGAUAUACAAGUUCACGUUCUAGAUUGGAGAUCACUACCAACCACUGAAGAUACUACAAACCCACUUCACAAAUCAAAUAUUCAACCAUUUGACAUAGUUCUAGCAUCAGAAAUAUUAUAUUUACCAGAUUUACACAAAGAUUUGGUCAAAACUAUUCGUUAUUUUAGUCAUUCAAAACCAAUAGACGAUCAGGAAGCUAGUUCUGAAACAGAAGUGAAAUCGGAAAACGAUAUGAAACGUGAGACCCGGGUUUUGGGGAUCUAUAAACAACGUGGAUUAGGUGAAGAACAGUUUUUCAAAAUUGCACGGAUUUUUGGAAAGCUUAGAGUUGAAUGGGUAAUGAUUGAUACCAGUUGGAUCUAUCAACCUUCUAUUGGAUCGCAUGUAAAUCAAUUGCAGUCAACAAUCUCGCCCACUUACGCUGCGUAUAAAAUGUUUUGGUUGAUCCCCGAUUCUUGA